AUGGCGGCACUUGUCUCGACCACUUUAAUUUUUAGGAGCAGUUUAAGAGCUCUCUCAGGAUGUCAAGUCAACAGAAGCCUUUUGUUACAGAAGCUUAGUACAGAUACCCCGCCCUCACAGAAUGGGCCUUUCCGAGGGGAAAAUGGAGGUAAAGGUGCAGCUCCUCCACCACAUGUGAAUCCUGAUGAUGCAGAUGAAGAAUUAAGAGAGAAAAUAUUCCGUGCCUCACUUAUGUUUGUUUCGAAACAUGGUUGGACUCAAAAAACUUUGUCUUCAGGUGCUGAGUCUUUGGGUUUACCAAGUGUCGCCCAUGGAAUGUUUCCAAAAGGAGGAGUAGAACUGAUUAAUUUCUUCUACCAAGACUGCAAUGCUCAGUUAUCAAAGCAAUUGGCCCAGAAAGUUGAGGAAAACCGUGAGUUGGAAGACAGCACAAAACCAUCAACUCGGACAUUCAUACGUGAAGCUGUUCAAGCACGUCUUCAUAUGUUGAUCCCCUAUAUAGAAAAGUGGCCACAGGCAAUGGCCAUUCAAGCGUUGCCACAAAAUUCUUGUCAUGCUUUGAAUAACCUUGGACAACUUGUUGAUGAUAUUUGGUACUAUGCUGGCGAUAAAUCUACAGAUUUUAACUGGUACUCAAAACGUUUACUUCUUGCUGGCGUCUAUAAAUCUACAGAGAUCUUCAUGCUGCAGGACAAGUCAGAAGAUUUCCAAAACACCUGGAUAUUUUUGGACAGUAGGUUCGAUAAUGUAGAAUUCUUUGGCAAAAAUGUGAAAAAGUGUAAAAAAACAACAAAGGCUGUGGGUGAAAAUCUUUGGGGUAUGUUCUUAAUGGUACAGAAUAUACUUGGUGUGAACAGUCGAGUCAGAUAG